AUGUCGUCCACCGCGGUCCCCAAGGUCGUUCCGGCGCAACUCUCUUUCCUAGCCAUUUACAACCCCUCGCUCGGAAUAUCAGAUGAGACAUUUGACCAGCAGAUCGUCUUCUAUUACUCCAAGGCCGCCAAGACGCGAUCUAAGCUGAAGGAUGGCGAUACAGAGAGAGAGGAGGAGUUACGUGAGCAGGAGAAUGAAAAGCUCCGUCAGGUUGGGCUAGCUCAGGGCAUGGUAGGCUUUGCGAAGAGCUUCUCUGAUGGCGAAGCCGUUGACUCUGUGGAAACACAGAAGACGCGCAUUGUUCUACGUGAAAUGGAGCAUGGCUGGUGGAUAUUGGCAUCCAUUGACCUCACCCAACUACCAGCUGCCGGCGGCCUCACACGAACCGACUCGAGCACCGACACUACCGAGCCUGUCAUCGAAUACUCGUCACGCGAAGUUAGCCCGCCCGCACUCCUUAUCCAACAGCUCGCACGCGCCCAGUCCAUCUUCCUGCUUCAUCAUGGUUCGACAAUGGAGGCCAUGUUCGCCAAACACGGCCGUUCAAAGUUUUGCAGCAUACUGGACAAGUACUGGUCGCGAUUUGCGAGCAACUGGGAUGUGCUACUACACGGAAGUCCUGCAGUGGACAUAUACGGUGGCAUGAAGCUGGCAGCAGGCGGAGAGUUGGGCAUGGGCGUUGGCGAAGAGGAGUGGGGAAGCAGCGAGCGCGAUGUGCUAGAGGACUUCGCUCGCAGAACACACGGUCUGGUGGACGUCAUGGUAUCCCGCUUUGGCGAAGCAUCGCCUCUGCAACAAGCCAAGACCUCCACAGACCCCAAGACACUCGAAGUGUCUGAGUUGGAACCCUGGAUAGGGGCUGGGAAGAACGCUCAUGCCGCCGAUGGCGUUGUCUUUUCAGGUCUAGGAGCGGUGAGCCGAAAGUCACUGCGGGACUUGUCCCACUGGGUAGAGACCAUCUACGCUCACGGCGAGUAUGCUUAUGGCGUACGAGAUAACCCAACCUCUGAUCGCAGGAGACGGCGAAGGAGAAAUCUGAAGCCAGAGCCCGAACCAGAACUAGAAGAACCAUCGCCCCCAAUACGAGAUGAAAGGCCGCAUCUUGCUACGUCGAGCAAUGGCUCAGCCUUGCCACCGGGUAUCCCUCCACCUAUUGUCAAAGCAGCUCAAAACUCCCUUGACAAGGCAGCCGCCGCCGUCGAAAACAAUAAAUCUCAGGCCGAUUCUACUGCGCCUGAGUCUAAACCAAUACUAUCGUCUCUGGGUGACACCGAGACAUGGAUGAAAUACAUGACCCUUGGCUACGGGACAGCAUGGGGCGGAAAGAAGAGCGAUGAGGCCUCGGAAUCUGCUGCUCCAGCGCCAGCACCAGCACCAGCACCACAACCGGCACGCGAACGAACACCUUCCCCUGCAGCGAUGCGCUACGUAGAUCCUACACCCGAUGUGGACCCAGCGGAAGAGAAGAUAAAGCAACAAAUACGCCUGGAGAACGACGGUUACUUCCUCGUAGGGCUAAAAGGCGAUCUGCAAGACUUGGAAGUCGAUGAUGAGAACGGCGAGGGUGAUUGGAACAAUCGUAUACCGUUGCGGACUAUACAUGUGGAGGUCGACAGGCGAGAUGCUUCUCUGAAAACAGGAGACGGCGACUCGGAUGAGACUCCGCAGUACGAGAAGGAUAUGAACGUGCAGUCGACACCGUCAAGUAACCUGUCACGGUUAAGACCUGUUGUCUACGUGCACCGUCCGUUCGUUUAUACCUUCCUUUUCGAACACCGCACGCAUUCUCUAGGCGUCGCAUCCUUCUACCGCGAUAUCCACAACUUCUUCUCACCCCUCCACCGCUCCCUAGACAAAAACACAUCCCCAGCAAACGUCGCCGCACGUCUCCACGCCGCCUCGAACCACUACACAACUGAAGCCUCCGCCGGCGGUUCAGGCCCGAACUCCGGCCCCAACACACAAAUCAUCUACGACCUCGUCUUCGAUCCCCGCACAUACACCGUACAUUCUAGUCUCCCCAACAUCCCAGACCCAGGGACACUGUUAGCCGAAGGCCUGAGCAGCAGUAGUACUAGCUCCCUCGGCUGGAGCAGAGUCGAAGCUCUAAAUGUACACUCACAGAUACUAGCUACAGUAGCAGGUACGCGCCGCAACCUCUCUGAAAUCGAACGUACGUGCAAGACGUCCCGCGGAUGGUGGGUCGUCUGGAUGCGUCUCCCGCCUUCACGAGUCAGCUCCGAAGACGCGGUUCAAAACUCGCAGAACAACUCUAGUGAAGGGUCUGACUCCGCGCAAUUCAACACCAAUGAACUUCGAGAAGCGUUUCUUGUUCGCCGCGCGAGAGAUAGUCAGGCUGGUAGUGCGAAGAGCUCGAGUCGCUUUGCGAGUGGUAUGUGGAGUGGCCUCGGUAUGGGAGGUGGCAGGGGGCAAAAUCAAAGGAUGGGCGGUGCGGCUGCGGGGUGGGGACCGAAAGGGUUGGCAGAGGGGAUCGGGAUUGAUGCUAGGAGGUAUGUUGAGGAGUUGUUGAGCUUGAAUAGGUAG